UAACGUUCGCUCUCUUGGCCUUGGGGGCGGGCGGGAGAGGCGGUCUCGUUGGGGACAAACGCGCACCGCGGGGAGGCUCCAAGGAGGGGAGGGCACUUGGGCCUUGCUAGUGUCGUCUUAACCGGUGGCGCUAGGACCCGUAGGGAGCGGCGGGGGCGGAGCGGUCGGCACCAGGACCCGGGGGAACUGCGGCGGGCGGGCAGCGAGUAGGCCCGGGGGCCGGGAGGCUGCGGGCGGCGGCGCUGGGCCCGGCGCGGCGAGAGAGGCCCCAGGAUGCCGAGCAAGAAGAAAAAGUACAACGCGCGGUUCCCGCCGGCGCGGAUCAAGAAGAUCAUGCAGACGGACGAAGAGAUUGGAAAGGUGGCGGCGGCUGUGCCUGUCAUCAUCUCCCGGGCGCUCGAGCUUUUCCUGGAGUCGCUGUUGAAGAAGGCCUGCCAGGUGACCCAGUCCCGAAACGCCAAGACUAUGACUACAUCCCACCUGAAGCAGUGCAUUGAACUGGAGCAGCAGUUUGACUUCUUAAAGGACCUUGUGGCAUCUGUGCCUGACAUGCAGGGGGAUGGAGAAGACAACCACAUGGAUGGGGACAAGGGUGCCCGCAGGGGCCGGAAGCCAGGCAGCAGCAACCGGAAGAAUGGUGGAAUGGGAAGCAAAGGGAAGGACAAGAAGCUGUCGGGGACAGACUCGGAGCAGGAGGAUGAUUCUGAGGAUACAGAUACUGACGGGGAAGAGGAGACACCACAGCCCCCACCCCAGGCCAGCCACCCCCCUGCCCACUUUCAGAGCCCUCCAACACCCUUCCUGCCCUUCGCCUCCACUCUGCCUUUGCCCCCGGCACCCCCAGGCCCCUCGGCACGUGACGCAGAGGACGAAGAAGAUUAUGACUCCUAGCACCCUCUGCCCCCCAGGCCGUACCCCCUUUUAGUUGGUUUUAGUUGUUCUGGGGGGAGGAGAGAAGAUAAAAUUGAUCUUAAAUUUAUUAAUAAAACAGUAAUAAAAGAGUA